GUGAUAUUCAGAUAUGAACGCCUCAUAAAGUGGUUGGAUGAAUAAGCACACGGUCGUGACUCUUGAAAAGAAGUUGCGUUAGAGAUAUUAAUCAAGAUGGCAUCUGUCCAGGCGCCCCCCGCUGUUCACCAUGCUGGUUCGUCUGCCAUGGCGGCGCAGAUGACUCAGCAACAGGUGCAGGAAGUGUACAUGAAAUUUCGGCAGAUGAAAGAACAAGGCGUUCCGCAGACCGAUCCUGAGUUCAUAAAGAUGAGUCAAUUCCUGAUGACUGUUCAGCAGCAGCAACAGAUGCGCAAGCAACAGCAGAAUUAUAUGCAAAUGCAGGCUGCUCAGAUGUCGCACGGCGCCCCUAAUGGCAAUGUCAAUGGCACGCAAUCAGGCCCGCGACCUCAGCAACCCACCCCACAUACCACACAACCGCCGUCGUCAGGUGCUCUGAAUGCCUCUGCCUUGUCGUCGAGCACCGGGCCAACUGUCCAGCCAGUCGCGUCAUCGCCUGCAACGGCAUCUCCCAUGGCAGCACAAUUCUCUCCACAGCAGCUUGGUCUCCUCAGGCAACAGAUCCAAGCCUUUAAGCUGCUAAGUAAAAAUGCUGGAGUGCCAUACCAGAUGCAGCAGGCGCUCAACGCGCAACGUCAACGUAGACAGGCCGUUGCCGAGCAAUCUACCCACCCCCCUGCUCAUCCUGCCUCUGCAGCAGCAACACCAGCUCCCGAGGCAACGAAGGCUGACUCUGCGCCACCUGACGAAAGUGUCGAGCCCAAGGAUUCUGCGCUAAAGUCAAAAACUUUCAAGACACUCAAGUCUCCCUACGAAGGUGGUCUUGUCCGUAAAGAUAUCGGCUAUCACGAUCAUACCCAGCGUAAACAACGCCUUAUCAUCCCUAGUAUCUUUCCUACGGGAGUCGAUUUCGAGCAAUUGAGACAUGAACGCGAGAUUAUUAUCUUCAACCGCAUGAAGGCUAGGUAUGCUGAACUGAAGUCAUUGCCUGGAAACAUCUCCCAUUGGGAUACUACUAGGGAAUCCCUCGACCCCGAUGACACGUUGAAGCGGAAAGCCAUAAUUGAGCUAAAGUCUCUUGGUUUAUACGCCAAGCAACGUGCUCUGCGUGAAAAGAUUGGACGCUCGAUGAUGCACUACGACAAUCUGGCGAUGACUACGAACCGCAGCCAAUAUCGCCGAACCAAGAAGCAGAGCGUGCGCGAAGCUCGCAUCACCGAGAAGCUUGAGAAGCAACAGCGAGACGCUCGCGAGACCCGUGAGAAGAAGAAGCAUAUCGACUUCCUCCAGUCUGUUCAACACCACAAGUCUGAGAUUUUCAGUUCGGCACAUUCUGCUAAGAACAAAAUGUCCCGAAUCGGACGUGCCAUGCACUUGCAUCACUUCAACAUCGAGAAAGAAGAACAGAAGCGGAUUGAGCGAACUGCCAAGCAGCGUCUGCAAGCUCUUAAGGCUAACGAUGAAGAAGCCUAUCUUAAGCUGCUGGACCAGGCGAAAGAUACCCGUAUCACCCAUCUUCUUAAGCAGACAGAUGGAUUCUUGCACCAGCUCGCGUCCUCCGUCAAGGCACAACAACGCCAGGCCGCGCAACGGUACGGCGACGAGGUUGGAGAGUUUGUGCCUGAGGAGGAGAGCGAAGUUGAAGAAGAGGACGAAGAGGCCAACCGCAAGAUUGAUUACUAUGCUGUGGCCCAUCGUAUCAAGGAAGAUGUCACAGAGCAGGCAAGCAUACUUGUUGGCGGUACCCUCAAGGAGUACCAGAUCAAGGGUUUGCAAUGGAUGCUUUCUCUUUACAACAACAACCUUAACGGCAUUCUCGCCGACGAAAUGGGUCUCGGAAAAACUAUCCAGACCAUUAGUUUGAUCACGUACCUCAUCGAGCGCAAACUUCAGCAAGGCCCAUACCUUGUAAUCGUCCCCCUGAGUACCUUGACCAACUGGAAUUUGGAGUUUGAGAAGUGGGCUCCGUCUGUCAGCCGCGUUGUUUACAAGGGGCCCCCGAAUGCACGAAAGCAACAACAGGAGAAGAUUCGCCAAGGAAAAUUCCAGGUCUUACUUACCACUUAUGAGUACAUUAUCAAGGAUCGUCCCGUACUUAGCAAGAUUAAGUGGUUCCACAUGAUCAUCGACGAAGGACAUCGUAUGAAGAACACCAAUUCGAAGUUGAGCGCUACGAUAUCACAAUACUACAACACUCGAUUCCGUCUUAUUCUUACUGGUACUCCCUUACAAAACAACCUGGGUGAAUUGUGGGCCAUGCUCAACUUCGUUCUCCCGAACAUUUUCAAGUCGGUCAAGACAUUCGAUGAGUGGUUCAAUACUCCCUUCGCAAACACCGGUGGACAGGACAAGAUGGAGCUGAAUGAAGAAGAGCAAAUCCUCGUCAUUCGUCGUCUUCACAAGGUAUUGCGUCCGUUCCUGCUGCGUCGUCUCAAGAAGGAUGUCGAGAAAGAUCUACCAGACAAGACGGAGAAGGUCAUCAAGUGCAAGUUCUCCGCGCUCCAGACGCGACUAUACAAGCAGAUGGUUACCCACCAGAAGAUUACGGUUAGCGAUGGAAAGGGCGGUAAGACUGGAACUCGCGGUCUUAGCAACAUGAUUAUGCAACUUCGAAAACUUUGCAACCACCCCUUUGUCUUCGACGAGGUAGAGAACCAGAUGAAUCCUACCAACACCAGUAACGACCUCCUCUGGCGAACAGCUGGCAAGUUUGAGCUAUUAGAUCGAAUCUUGCCGAAGUACAGAGCCACCGGGCAUCGUGUUCUGAUGUUCUUUCAGAUGACUGCGAUCAUGGACAUCAUGGAGGACUUCCUCCGAUUCCGCGGAAUCCAGUAUCUGAGAUUGGACGGUACCACAAAGUCCGAGGAUCGAUCUGAUCUUCUGAAGACAUUCAACGCACCUGACUCACCGUAUUUUAUGUUUUUGCUCUCGACGCGUGCUGGUGGUCUAGGCCUGAACUUGCAGACCGCCGAUACCGUCAUCAUCUACGACUCAGAUUGGAACCCUCAUCAGGAUUUGCAAGCUCAGGAUCGUGCUCACCGUAUCGGCCAAAAGAACGAGGUGCGUAUCUUGCGACUUAUCAGCUCUAACUCCGUUGAAGAGAAGAUCUUGGAACGCGCAAGAUAUAAGCUUGAUAUGGAUGGCAAAGUUAUCCAAGCCGGUCGAUUCGACAACAAAUCGUCUGAAACCGACCGUGACGCCAUGCUCCGAACACUGCUAGAGUCCGCAGAUAUGGCUGAUUCCGGCGAGCAAGAUGAGAUGGAUGAUGAGGAGUUGAACAUGAUCCUCGCUCGAAGUGAUGAUGAGGUUACCGUCUUCCAAAAACUUGAUGAGGAACGUGCGAAGGACCUCACAUAUGGUAACGUUCCUGGCUCGAAACGCGUCCCUCGACUCAUGGCCGAGGAUGAGCUCCCAGAAAUAUAUCUGUCGGAAGGCAACCCUGUCGACGAAGAGCAAGAAGAGGUCUUGGGUCGUGGUGCUCGCGAGCGGACCCGUGUCAAGUAUGAUGAUGGCUUAACCGAAGAGCAAUGGCUCAUGGCUGUGGAUGACGACGAGGACUCGCCAGAGGCAGCAGCAGCGCGAAAGCAGGCCCGAAAGGACAAGCGGGAAACAAAUAGGCUGAAGCGGCUAGCAGUACUUGGUGCGUCAGGCGCCAAUUCUCCGGUUGCGAGCCGUGCAAGCACCGAGGAAAUCGACACACCUCCCAAGAAGCGUGGUCGUAAGCCCGGUAGCAAGAACGAAAAGCGCAAAGCCGAGGAUGAUGACGGUGAGCCGCCCGCCAAGAAGCGUCGUGGGCCUCAGGGACGCCCUAGAGCAAUACUUGGCAACGGUAACGACUCUCGUAUCAGCUUUGAGCUGCGGCAAGUCCUCCAGAGGAGCUUGCGUAAUAUUUACGACGGUUUGAUGGGCCUUGAAGCCGACAUCGCACCUGAAGAUCAGGUUGACGACGACGACGAUGAUGAGCCUACCAAACGUCUCAUAAUUGGACCCUUCAUCAAGCUACCGUCUAAGCGGGAUUAUGGCGACUACUAUGUUCUCAUCCAGAAUCCGAUCUGCAUGAACCAAAUCCAAGCCAAGAUCAAGAAGGAGGAGUACAACAGCAUUAACGAUAUGCGCCGAGAUAUCGUCUUGAUGUGCAACAAUUGCAGAACCUACAACGAGGACGGUAGUCUUCUUUACUCGGAUGCAAUUGUCAUGGAGAAUUUCUUCAACGCGAAAGCGCAAGAAGAAAUAAACGAGCAUCCGGAAUUGGGCGAGCUCGAAGACCCAUCCGGUAAGGAUAGUUCGGUUCCCCCUACUAGCGCCGGAACUCCUCAAUCCUCCGCAAAUACGACGAGAAUAAAGCUGGUGACCAAUGGUGCCAGCCAGGGAGGUAUGGGUGCAGGCGGCGCCCUGAGCGACGGUGAACAAUGAUGACCUAGUCCGCGAAUAUAGCCGGACAGGCAGCCAAUAGUUGGCUUACAAGUGAUAAUUACUCUUCGGGCGGUUUUGCCAACGUGUUUUGUGAAACAAAGAUUUGCUUAGACCGCGCGGGUUCUCCCAAAACAGGGGGGCGGGAGAGAAAGUUAAGGCGUUUUCGAGGUUCAUUGUCCUUUUUAUUAACAGGCAAACAUUAGGGGAGGAAGAAGAGAGACGAAUGGCACGUGUACCACAAUCGACCGCAACCUU